AUGGGUACACCUGAAUCACAUUUGUUGACAGUGAGCGGGACAUCCUCAGCUACAAGUGAAUGAUGUUGAGCAGGAAUGGUUUUCCUCGUCUGUGUAACAGUUAUCAAAGGAAGGAUUGCGCAAUCCGGUGAAAGUACCCGUGACUUGUUUAUACAUACAGACCCCCGCCGCUGUUUCACUAACGUCGAGCUCCAGCAGGUUUGCCUGCUGUUAACGUUACCCUGCUGGUGUACGGAUGGAUUAAACUGGCUGUUCAUCUAAUUGGACGAUAACGCUGGAUACUUCAAAAGCAUAGACGGUUUACAAGGGCUGAGUAACAGACAUGCACCCACCAUCUCGACAGGACUAUAUAUCUAUCAGCGUUUCUGGACAAGGAGGUGGACGUUACAAUAACAGCAAGCAGUGGAGGAGGCAGUCCUGCUGGAGGAAAUGGAAGCAGCUGUCCAGGCUGCAGCGGAGCCUUAUCCUCGUCCUCCUGUUUAUCUGUGGAGUUGUUUCCUAUCCACUUGUUACUGAACACCUCAGAGGCCUUUCAGAUGGAGUCCAAGACCCUAAUAGCGUCCUGCGGCCCGUCAGCCCUCAUGUGCUGCCUGAGCCUAUCCAACCGGGCCAACCGCCACUGCCAGAGCAAACCUCCCAGAGGAAAUUAUCCAAUAAGAGAGGACCGCCAGUCUUUGGGAAUCGUCAUCAGAAGAAGGGGAACACUUCAGACACAGUGGUUGAGAACAAGGCAGUUGACAGCAAGAAAGAAGGGGAGGAGGAGGGGGUCAUCAGCUGGCGUGGGGCAGUGAUCGACACCGGCCAGGCCACAGACGGCACCAGGGAUGGGGAAAAUAAGGAGAAUUCACCUGCCACCCAAAAAGGAACAUUAUCAAGUAGUAUCAAGUCAGAAGCUAGUAUGCUGGAGGCGGUGCAGGAAGCUUUCCUACAUUCAUGGAAGGGUUAUAAAGACUUUGCUUGGGGCCACGAUGAGCUCAGGCCCCUCUCCAAGUCCUACAGUGAGUGGUUUGGCCUGGGUUUGACGCUCAUCGAUGCCCUGGAUACCAUGUGGAUCAUGGGGCUUAAAACAGAAUUUGAAGAAGCGAAGGCGUGGGUGGCCACAGAGCUGACAUUUAACAAGAACGUAGAUGUCAACCUAUUUGAAAGCACCAUCCGCAUCCUGGGAGGCCUCCUGAGCACCUACCAUCUGACUGGAGACACCCUGUUCCUAGACAAAGCUAAGGACAUUGGCUCCAGGCUGAUGCCAGCCUUCAACACUCCGUCCAAGAUCCCCUACUCUGAUGUGAACAUCGGGAAAGGCAUCGCCCAUCCUCCCCGCUGGACCUCAGAUAGCACUGUGGCCGAGGUAACGAGCAUCCAGCUGGAGUUCAGAGAGCUCAGCCGCCUCACCCAGGAACCUCAGUACCAGGCUGCGGUUGCUGAGGUUAUGAAACAGGUCCACAAGCUGGACGGCAAGCUGGAUGGUCUGGUUCCCAUGUUCAUCAACACCAACAGCGGACAGUUCACCCAUCAAGGCAUCUACACACUGGGAGCCAGAGCAGACAGCUACUAUGAAUACCUGCUGAAGCAGUGGAUCCAGGGAGGCAAGACGGAGGACCAACUCUUGGAGGACUAUGUGCAGGCAAUAGAGGGUGUUAAGAAGAACCUGUUGCAGAAGUCUUCACCUAACGGCCUCACCUUUGUUGGAGAGAUCUCACACGGACAGUUCAGCCCGAAAAUGGACCAUCUAGUGUGUUUUCUUCCGGGCACUCUGGCUCUCGGUGCCCACAACGGCCUGCCUGCUGAUCACAUGGAUCUGGCCAAAGAGCUGAUGGAGACCUGCUACCAGAUGUACAUCCAGAUGGAGACAGGCCUCAGUCCAGAGAUCGUCCACUUCAACAUGCAUCAGGGCAGCAUCCGAGACCUCGACGUAAAGCUUGCAGACAGGCACAACCUCCUACGACCAGAGACAGUGGAGAGUCUCUUCUACCUGUUCAGGUUCACCAGGGACCACAAGUACCGGGAAUGGGGCUGGGAGAUUCUCCAGAACUUUAACAAGUACACCAAGGUUUCCUCCGGAGGCUACACCUCCAUCAAUAACGUGCGUGACCCGGACUACCCGAGCCCCCGAGACAAGAUGGAGAGCUUCUUCCUGGGAGAGACCCUGAAAUAUCUGUACCUACUCUUCUCUGACGAUCCCGACCUCAUCAGCCUAGACCAGUACGUCUUCAACACGGAGGCUCAUCCUCUGCCUAUAUGGCCCUCCGCUGCGUGACACACAUGAAUUCAUAUGGCAGAUAAAAGUAUAAACGCAACAAAGAUCUCAGGGUUGGUCCAACACCAAGAUAAUUCCUUCGUCUUCUGUCUCCGUGACAGGAAGUUGUUAAAACAACAACCCUGAACGCAGACCACAGAUGGGGAAAAAGCCUCCUUUUUACUGAUCCAAUCAAGUGUUUGCUAUGUGCUACCAGCCAUGGAAAAACAACAAGAGCCCAGUUCACUUUGUGGCCUUGUUUGUUUGUUUGUUUUAUUAAUUGACUUCUUGUUCUCGUUGCACUGCCUUCUGGAAGAGAGGCAGAGGAAGGUUUCUGUGCUCCUGACCUCCCGCCAGCAUCUGAGAACAACCUGACUGACUUGAAUCAAAAUGUCUUAAUCUCAUGAGGUGUUUGAAAACUGAUCCCCUCAGAUUACGGCUGCUCAUGAUUAAGGCUUCCAGCUAUGAAACAAAGCCAGUAUCUGUAGGGAAAGCAGGCCUUUGUAGCAGCACGUUCCCUGAGAGCAGCCAGUCUGAACCGCCUGCUGCCCUCCUGCCUGACCUCGCUGACCCCUGUGUUCCUGGCUGUGACUCCUACAGGGAUAUGAGUGGAACGCUGUGUGUGAUAAAGUCAUCCAGUACUCUGGCUAGAACCACUCUGAUGCUUGAAAACAGGAAAUAAAGCCAGAGGCUGCUGACGGGGCUUCAUCCGCCCUCAGGCCAUGUUUCUACUGUCCCGUGCUGCAUUCACCACAUCCAGGAAACGUAAAAACCCCCCCACCCAACCUUUCAGUUCAAGUGAAGCAUAUUACAGGGUUGGAUGAUGUGAUAUUCAGAGGCAUCUUCAUCUAAAUGUAUACAAACAUCCAUGGCUCCAUAUAAAGGAGGAUACGUUAACUCGGUGGAUGUUUGCCACCCUACGUGGUUAUCUAUGUCUUAGUAAAUUACUUCAUUAAGCCAUUCAUUAACAGGCAUAAACCCGUCACAAAUCUGCCCUCGUCUUUUUAUAUUCAAGCUGGCACUCAUUUGAACGACUACAAAUACUGGUGGACAGUAUGUAUCAAUGCUUCAUAUUCUAUUAGAUGAUCCCACUGUUUUACAUCUAACAUCUUAAUCUGAAAAGUACCCAGUACCUCCAGCUGAGAAGUAAAGAGUACUACUUUAUACCUGAACAUUGUACUAGUCAUGUGCUUGCCCUGUAUACUGAGGUAGCUGUCAUUUCUGUCCGGCUGCAGUCGGACUGCUGCUGCAUGUUUGCCAAACACAGAUAUAAAAUGUCCCAUAUGAUGAUUAAUGCAAACGUCGCAAUUGGAAAAAGACAAACACUGUGAUGCAGGAUUUAGUCCAUAUCGCCUGCUUCUUACACAUUCUCUCUUCACUCCCGCCUUUCUGGUCGCAUGGCUUUAAUUCCAAUCUUGAAUUAUAAAUCGAUCUUCAUCUGAUCAUUGUGAGAAGUGUUCACUCCUGCAGUGAACCCUGACUGCAGACCAGGCAGAGCUACUGUUCAUGAACGCCACACGGUGGCCAUCUGCCUGAAAGGAAGCCUCUGUUCAUUCCGUAAUACAUGAAUGCAGCAUCUGACUUUGUUCUGAUUCCAGCUGUUGCCAGGCAGCAGAUUUAUUUAUGAACUGUGAAGCUUUUGUUUUAUGAGGACAGCAUCGAUGAUUAAAAGAGCUGCUCUUUUCACUGAAUGUUCCAUUUCUUUCUUCAUCUUCCUUGGUAAAGUGUGGAGGAUCAUUUCAAACAGCAUUUGUACUUUGUGUAGCAUUCCUCUAAAUAUAACUAUUUUACAUCAUAGCUCUACUUGUAUUUGUUGGUUUCUAGAACUUUAUGAAUAUGUAUUGAGACCAAACUCAUCUUGUACUUUCUGUGUAUUCUUUCCUCGGUGGUGUUUCACGUGUGCCUCAAAUGUUGCUUCAGACAACAUUCAAAAGACAACUUUAUUAUUGGUGUCCAUUUCUAUCCGUUCAAGCUGUUUCUUCCAUCAGCGUUAGCGCUGCUUUGCUUCAGUACAUGGUCAUCAGGAUCAAUAUUUUUACCGAAGAAUAAAAUGAGGCUUCUAUUUUUCCAGCAGUCCCUUAAAGCAAUCAGUGGGUUUACAUAAUGCUAAACUCUACCUGGAAGCCUUUCAGCGUAAUCCCUGAGCCAAAGAGAAGCUGAAACCUUAAUGAGCCGUGGUGUUUGAUACUGUGACCACGAGAAGCCAUUCCUUAAAUUCUCAGUACUUUGAUAACUAGUUCACCAGUUUGGGUUUUGAAGACAUUGAUGGAUUCACUUCUAUCUUUGCAGCCACAGAGCAGUACCCAAUACACAAAUGUCAUUAAGUAGUGGAUCAAUGUUUGUUGUUUUUAUUUGAAACAUAAAAUGUAUUGUCCCGUGGUGUACAAUAAACGUUGGAGCGCCUUUCAUUUUGUAAAGCUGUAGAAAAUAAAGAGAUUUUAUUGAAAAGCUAAA